CCUCCGGUUUCGUUUCCUAGCAGGGGGGGCGGGGGGAGCCUGGAGGAGCUUCGUGUGGAAGAUCGUAGCCCAGGAGAUCAAUCCGCGGGCACGUGGCUGCCCCCGGCCACCCCCUGCUUGCUGGCUGCGAAGCCUGGCCGGCGAGGAGCCCCCGGCCGGCCGCCCUCUUCCCUAGCCGGAGGCACGUUUCCUGGGAGAGCGAGGGAAAGCCCCGGAGUCGGGAUCCCGGCGGCCGCAGAGACCAGAGAGCCGUUCCUUCUGGCCCACCGUGUGGCUGACGAGGGGAUGGAGACCUCCGAGGAAGAGAGAUUGGACGAGAUGUUAGCUGCGUGCUCCCAGUUUGAGCAGUUUCUGUUUUUCACACUGCAGCGAAUGUUGCAUGAAGCAAAAGAAAAGGAAGAAAAGCUUUUGAGGCACGAAGAAUCUCUGAGAAAUUAUGAAAAGGAAGCUGAGGAGAGGAGGAGUGAAAUAAAAGUAUUCAAAGAGCAGGCCCAUGAUGUAAAAUCUAGGAUAGAUGAAAUUCAGAGAAGGAUAAAGGACGAACUACAGAAUGAACAGCAAGCUGUCAAGGAGGCUAAUGAAACAAUUGAGCGCCUGCGAAAAACAACUAAGGAGCUUCAACGAGAGGUCAAAGAGGCAAAAGAAUAUGCAGAAUUUUGGGAAAGGAAAUGUUCUGAACAGCGACCAUCUAUCAUUUCAGAAAAAGGCCACCCAAAAGAAGGCGAAGGUGAGGGAGAGGCAAUGCCAUCAGCAACUGAGGCUGCAGAUCUCCAAGAAGACCUACUUAAGAUACAUCAUGAAAAAGCACUCCUAUGGAAAGAAAGCAGGCCAAGCUGGAUAUGCCCUUCCUCAGAAAUGGCUACACCUGGAGCACCACCAGUCAAAAAGCCUUUUCUGGAGGAGAGCGUGUUUGUGCAAGCUUCCGCCGCUGAAGGGGAGCUCUUCUCAGAAGCGUUCAGGGAACAGUUGACAUCCACCCUGCUCAGGACAACGGAGGAGCCCAGUUCCAAAUCUGAGCCAAGCACCAGCAGGGAAGGUGCUGAACCAUCUCACAUCAAACUCUCCGAGCGGAAAAUGAAGGCAAUCCCACCCCCAGAGUCUUCUCAAUGGGCUGACUGUCAAAAAUGGAAACAGAACGUGGCUGUCGCAAUGUGCAAUGCUGAAGAACAGGAGCUUUUUGAAGUCUGUUCUUCUGAAGAGAACAGCCGAGGAGUGGUAGCCAAGAAACCUUUUCAGAAGGGGGAUUUUUUACUGGAGUAUUGUGGGGAGGUGAUAGACCUCAGGGAAGCAAAGCUGCGAGAACAAGUGUACAGUUGCAGUGAAAGGAAGCACUGCUACAUGUAUUAUUUUAAAUUUAAUGAUAAAACACACUGUAUUGAUGCCAUGAAGGAAGAUGCCAAACUUGGAAGGUUAGUCAACCACAGCAAAACACAGGUAAAUGCUGUAACUACAUUAGUUGUGUUAGAUGGGAAACCACAUCUCAUUCUCACUGCCAAAAGAGACAUACAGCCAGGGGAAGAAAUAUUGUUUGAUUAUGAGGAAAGGGCAAGAAGCGCCAUAGAAGCAAAAACCCCUGACUGAAAAAAUAAAAAGGCUCUAAAAACAUAGUAGCUAUUUAUGGGAGAUGUUUCUUUUGUUUUAUUUAAAGCUCUGUUUAGUUCUGUUUUCAUGCUGGAAUUCAAUAAAGGCAUUGCCCAACAA